CAAAGCGUAAAUUCAUUAUGCAGUGCCGUUUAUCCCGUUUGCAGUGUAGUCGUGCCGGCGUGUCGGUAAUACGCGCACACGCACUCCGCGAUUCCCGUCUUUUUCGUAGUGCUUUCUGCGACACCACUGCGAUAUAUAGUCUGUGUUUAUGAGUGACAGAAUCGUCGAAAGGAUGAAUCUGAAGUUGAAUAAUGAUAUCAAAGGCUCGCCAGCGCCUCAGAAAUCAUCAGAUUCGCUUGUAAAGGAUGAGAAGAAAGCCAAGCGGUCUCAACGGGAGGAAGAGCGGCGGCGAACAGGCCGGUACAUGGCGAUUCUGGUGGGGAUAUCCCUCUUCAUUUUGGCGCUGUACCACGCUUGGGUGCGUCGCAUCCCCAUAGUGGCCAGCCUUGUGGUACCAGCUCUCAUCAUGUUCGUGUACGUCGCCUGGAUCCUCUACACAGCCUCCAGGGAAAAACACAGGUUUCGUCUGUUCGACGUAGAGGUGGGGCAGGCAGGAGACGAGGCCGAGGGCGACGUCGCUAUAUCGGAGAUAAAUCAAAACAAUAUCGACGCCACUGUUAUGUCUGGGAAAGACUCCACAUCAACUCCUGAAGAAAAAAACUGGACAGAAAUAUCAACAGCACUAAUGAAAGGAGACAAGAAUACUCGAACAGAAGUUGAACUAAACAGACUUCCUAUUAUCUUAGUGAAUGAUAAGCCGCCUGAAGAUUUGGAUCAAAAAUGGCUAAAUAUUGUUGAGCUGACCAAUAAUAAUGAUAAACUAAAAGUUUUUCAUAACAGAAGGAGGUAUAAGAGGAAAUUCUGUAGGACGAGAAGAUACGCUGCUUUCAAAAGAUCCUAUUCGAUUGGUUAAGGUUUUGCACAUAAUUGUGUAAAUGUAUCUCGUAGUUGUAUUACUGUGAUUGAGUAUUUUUAAGUGGAACAAAUGAACUGCCUUGUACUAUAUUUAGAGUUAUAGUAAUACAUAUAUGUUUGUGCUUAUGAUUUAUAUGAGUAAGGUGAACGGCCGAUUAGUUUGUUACUAUGUUGUCGAGUUAUUAAGAUUUUGAUAGUCUUAUCUGGUAGAUAAUUUGGAUUCUUUAUGGACUAGGGCAGCAAACGUGGUCUAAGGAGAUACGCCUGCGUGUUUUCUGAUGGUAAGCAAUAUCAGCGGAGUUGUAAAUGUGAGUGUUCACUUACAUAAUGUGGCGAACCACAACGUAAGCGUUGUUUCAUUAUUCAGUUUGUUCAGGCGGGGUUAAACGCAAUAAUGAACUGUGGACCCAGCCUGGAGCAGGAGAAACAACGAGGUGGUUUUUACUCAGUAGGAGCCUGACACUACCUUGCACCCUUCGAAAAAAAGUCAAAAAAAGUCAAAAAUCAUUUAUUCCAAUUAGACCUUUACAGGCACUUUUGAACGUCAAACAAAAUUUAAAAUAAAAAAUAGUGUCAGUCUGUCGGUCAGUCCUCUUAGUGAAGCUAUUUGCUCGUUCCAAAGUGUAGAUUCCGAUGGAGAAGAACGAGCAAGAAACUCCAUGGUUACUCUUUUUAAAUCAGUUUCACAUACAGAUUCCUUUUACAAACAGUUGGUUCAAUUAUGUGAGAACAGUGUAACACUAAUAUUUAUUCAAAUAUGAAAAUAAAGUAACCUUAAGGACAAUAGACAGCUGCAGGAUAUAAGACAUGUGAUGAUUUUUACCCCUUAAAAAAAGCGUUGUUUAAUGCCGGUGUUCUGUGAGCUUCAGUCAGACCGAAACAUGACCUUCAAUUAAUUAAUUGGAUAAUGUAUCUAAAUGUGGGCUAUAACCUAAUUACAUCUCAAAACAUUGUAAAAACCUGAACUAUAUCAAUUAGCUAUAUCAUAAUAUUAAAGAAUACUUAUUAUUGGAGUACGUUGAUACCUAAUAUUAUUGUUAAAGAAAGGUAAACAAAUGACUGACCUCGAAUAUUGAAGUUGUAGUUAUGCCAUAUUAUUUUGAAGUGAGAAAAUCUAAAUUCGUCUCCUGAAUUGUACUCGUAGUCACAAUAAAAUCAUAGUACCUCCAGUUCCUAGAAAUUGUGUCAAAAGGUCUACUACUACCUAUUAUUGUUUUGUAAGUAAUUUAUUUUGUUUUGUUUAUAUGACUUAAAGGAAACUAGAAGGAUAAGAUUUGACAUCGAGGAUAGAAAAUCAUAAGUUAUAACUGUUGGUUUGGUUGUAAUUGUUGGCUUUACUUGCGCGAUGUAGAAUUUAUGACGACAUCAGACAAUUUUUAUCACUUAUGUAUAUGUAUGUUCUAUAUGUAGAUAGCAACUUUUUUGUUAUAUUAAGGAAUCGUUUCACAAGGCUAACUAAGCAAGCAUAACCUUUGUAACAGCAUAAGAUAUUUUAAAAGUAUGCAUUCUUUCAUAUUUCAAAUUACGAUGAAUUUUCAGCAAAACGCUAAUGUCGAAAAGAUAAAGGCUUUUGAUGAAAAAUGGACAUAUGGCAGGGCAUAAAUUAAUAGAUGACGUCACGAAUCCUACAUCGCGCAAGUGAAAUUAGCGCGCAGAUGUGCAUAGACAAAAAAUCCCCUGCUGAUGAAAAGUUACCACUGUUCUGCAGUAGCCCACCAGGGAUGGUCACCUCAACCAACCGGAAGAUUCUCCUCAAUAAAGUGUCCUUCCUAACCUUAUAUAAAUAUAUAGUUUAGCAUUUAUUCAAACAAUUUUAAACUUUAAUUGAUAGACCAUAAGUGCCAUAAUAUUAUGAAAAUAAUAUUUAUAUUAUAAUCCUGUUCAUUAUAACUGUUUCAUCUACUACUACUAUUUCUUCUUGAAAUGUACACAUUCCUAUUUUGUGUUGUUAUUCUAAAUUUAAAUAGCAUGGAAAUUAAUAAUCGUAUUGAAACAUGUGGUUUCUUUUCAAAGCCCGAUCGAAUAUAAGAACGAAAACGAAAAGGAAAAGUUGAGGUAACAUGAAAUUGGUGGUUGACAAAGCAAUACCUACUGAAUUAAAGUAUACUUAUUAACUAUUUUAUUUUUAAUACUUGGUCAAUUGUUUUUGGUGUGAAGGAACAUUAUAAGUAGGUAUUAAAUAUGGUCUAUAAACUGACAAUGCUAAUGAUGUAAUUAGUUUUCAAAACGCUUAACCAGUGCAAGUAUUUGUAAACUAAUUACUGCUCCAUAUGCGUAUGCGGUUUCACUCACCGUAGGGAAAUUAUUAUGAAAUUUAAAUUGUUGAGCAUUGAUGAAAAGAGUCGCUUUUUAAAUUUAUGUAGUAAUUAUGGUAAUUAAAUAAUGAUAAAACAUAUCAGGGUGACUUCAUGUACCUAAUUUAUAAAGGUUAGACAGAAGAUGUAUCAAUAAUUAUAGUCAACACAUAAAUAAAACUUUCUGUGGUCUUCAUUUAUAACGUAAAAUUGAAAUAAUAAUAUGGCGACCAAAUGGCGAC